UUUUUUUCUAGUGGAGUCUGUUUUAUUUAGUGGUCUUUUACUUUUACGCUCUAGGGCUCCCGCAUGAGUGUUUUGGAGUACAGGGCUCUCCCCCGCUCGAUUUUCUCCCCCGCUCGACAGCUGCUCCCUCCCGCUCGAUUUUUUGAACGGAUCCAAGGAAUCAAUUUUGCCAUCUCUAAUUUAAUUAGAAAAUGUUUCUGAGAACACUUCCUCCUUGGAGUUUGUUUAUUCGAUUAGUUUUCUUUUGGAAUUACACAAGUUCUGAUUUUCUCUAUUUUCUUUUCGUACAAGCUUUUGACUACUCAUUUUCAGGUGAAUUUAUUGCUUCAAAUCCAAAUAUUUGGAAAGGUUGUACUGUCAUGGAAAUUGGUUCUGGUGUAGCUGCUCUUCCUUCAAUGACUGCAUUACGUUGUGGAGCUUCUAAAGUUGUAAUUACUGAACAAUCACAUUUGGACAAAGCAUUCACGUCAAUCCGAAACAAUUUGGAAAAGAAUUUUGAUUCUUCCCUUAUCGAAAAUUGUGUCUACUUGCUGGUUAGCUUUAACUUUUUAUUUUUUCAAAUCCAGUUUUUACCUCCCCCUCAGGGCUUUGAUUGGCAAAAUCCAGAAAUUGGAAUCACUGAAUUGCUCAACAAAUCAAUUCAAGUUGAUUAUCUUUUUGGCUCUGAUGUAUUUUAUGAUCCCUGUGUUUUUGAAAUUUUAAUAAAAACGCUGAGACGGCUAUUUGAUGUAUUCCCUUUUAUGGAAUUUUAUUUUUCUUACCAAAUAAGAGAUUCAGAUUGGACCAUAGAAGAAUUAUUAUUGGAACAAACAACAAAUAAUUAUUCUUUAAUUUCUACACUUAUUCGUUGUGUUGAUACUUGUAAACAUACAAUUUGUAUAGGCAAAAUUAUUAGGUCAAACUAUUUAUUGGACAGCAAAAUGAUAAGCAAUAAUGAUAAAGAAGAAAUGCAAAAUAAAUAUGAGGAAAAUGAUGGAAAAAUAUUUGCAGGGAUUGAAGGUGGUGCAACCUGUUCAACAUUCGUUUUAAUAGAUUCCCAUGGAAAUUUAUUGCAUCAAUUAAGUGGUGGUCCUGGCUUAAAUUUUCUAUUGGAUGGUGUUGAAAGUACUGCUGACAAAAUUGCGAGAUGGCUUCGCGAGGCAAUUGUAGAAAAGAAUAGGAAGGAGCAUUCAAUUCCAAACCCUAUAAGAUUGCCUGUAGCUGCCUUGGGUAUGGGUUUAUCUGGAGCAGAAAAUACAGCAACAAACACCCUUUUAUUGGAAUAUUUGCGUUCACAACAUGGAGAUUUGGCAGAAGCUUUGUUUCUUACAAGUGAUGCUGUUGCUGCUGUUGCUACAUGUUUUGAAAAAUGUGGUAUUGUUCUAAUUGCUGGUACAGGUUCUACUUGUCUUGGUGGUUGGGGACAUUUGGUAGGCGAUGAAGGCGGUGCUUUUUGGAUUAGCAUGAGGUUUUCUUGUAUAUUUUUAUUUUCUGGAUGUCAAAGAAAUAACGGGGUAUCCUUACCGAUACUCGAUUUCGGUUACUGAUGCGCACCUUUUGACCCGAAGC